AUGUUUUCGUGUUGGAAACAUGUUUUGGUGUUGUGUCUCUAUAUUUUGGUCCGACCUUGCUACGCUCAGGGGGUGUCAGUGGUUCUGCUGAAGACUAACAUCACCAGGCUAACAGCUCGCUCCAUCCACUUGGCUGGGUACCAUCUACACACAGUUGAACACUUAUCAAUUAUGGACGCGCCUAAUUUGGAACACGUCGCUGUUGAAGAUCUGACGAAGAUGCCCAAUCUCAAGUCAUUAUUUAUAACGCAAGCUCCUAGACUCCAUAGGAUAGCACCGUUGCCGGCUUUGCCCGAACUCCGCACAUUUAUGGUGACGACGUCAGGCCUGGUGGAAGUGCCCAACCUUAGCCACGUUCACGAUCACCAUCGCCAAGGAACAAACAGUUCUCUUUCCUAUUUACAAGCGAUAGAUCUAGAAGGAAACCACAUAAAGCGAAUACCUGCGCAUGCGCUGAGAGUCCGCGCAGAUCAAGUAUCACUGAACUACAACCUAAUAGAAGAAGUGCCUGCACAUGCAUUUAAGAAUGCUCAAAUAUCUAAGCUGAGUUUUAGAGGUAAUCCGAAUUUACGAAGACUUGAUGAACACGCUUUCGCUGGAAAUCUCCUCCUUAGGCAAUUAGACUUAAGUAACACUGCCAUUACGUCUCUACCGACGAAGGGUCUAGAAAAGUUAGAGACCCUGAAGAUUGAAAAGACGCCAUCUUUAAAGUACAUUCCAUCUAUUUAUGAGUUUCAAAGCUUAGAACGUGCUUAUCUAACGCAUCACUUCCACUGUUGUGCCUUUGCGUUUCCUGAAAGACACAAUCCGGCAAGACAUGCCCUAUACGAAACGCAGAUGGCGAAUUUGGCUCAGAAAUGCGGUAAACAAUACAAAAAUAGCGUUAAAAGAAGACGACGAAGUGUAACGCCUCCGGAUUAUGGCGGAAAAUUAACUACAAUUUCUGAAGCCGAUACAGAAACGACAGCGACGACCAGUGAAGAAUAUUACGCUAGCGAAGAGGACUACUUCUUAGAUUCGUCCAGCUUUGAAGACGAAGGUCCAGGGGACUUCCACGACCCGGUAAAUAGUAGCCUAGGAGUGUCUUCGUUCGCCGAGUGCGGGUCGUUUAGCCAUACUCGGCGACAAGUGGAAUGCACGCCAUUGCCUGACGCGUUAAACCCAUGCGAAGACGUCAUGGGCUGGUCGUGGCUGCGAGCCAGCGUCUGGUUUGUCGUCGCUGCAGCGGUAGUGGGCAAUGUCGCUGUUCUUCUAGUUCUACUCACAAACCACACAGAACUAACAGUGCCAAGAUUCCUAAUGUGCCAUUUGGCCUUUUCCGAUCUCUGUACGGGAGUAUACCUCUCAAUGCUGGCCGUGGUGGAUUUGAGGUCUUAUGGAGAAUUCUUCAAUUACGCCUAUGACUGGCAAUAUGGCACCGGGUGCAAAAUAGCUGGUUUCCUAUCAGUGUUCUCUGGCCAGCUAUCCGUCUUUACCCUAACGAUCGUGACUCUGGAACGCUGGUUUGCGAUCACAUACGCCAUUUAUUUGGAUCGGCGAAUCACUCUGUCUGCUGCAUCGAAGAUCAUGCUUGGUGGAUGGCUGUUCUCCUUAUUGAUGGCUGGGUUACCACUAGUCGGAGUAUCAGAUUAUUCGUCUACAUCCAUUUGUCUGCCGGUGGAAAGCGAAAACGUUGGUGUUGCCGUGUACCAAGGAUCGCUGUUUAUGACGAACGCGAUAGCGUGGGUAACUAUCGUGAUAUGUUACGUGCAGAUCUACAGGUCGUUAGGAGGUGGAGGAGAGAAAUAUGGGGGGCGGGGAGCUGCGGCAGCCGCUGAAAGACGAAUAGCAAAUAAAAUGGCGCUACUAAUCGGAACGGACUUACUUUGUUGGGCGCCUGUUGCUUUUUUCGGGGUCACUGCUCUAGCGGGGAUUCCCUUAGUGGAUGUUAGUCACGGAAAAGUGUUGCUAGUGUUUUUCUACCCACUGAACGCUUGUGCGAAUCCUUUUCUAUAUGCGAUAUUGACGAAACAGUACCGCAGAGAUCUCUUAACGCUUAUAGCCAGGACGGGAAAGUGCAAUUGGUUGAUAGAGAAGUAUAAAUUGGGGACGCCCCCUCCCACCGCUCACACAAACCCUUCUGCGCCCGCGCCGCUUUUACCGCUAGUAGAUUACCAAAGAUCGCAGUCACAGAUCAAAGAAAAUGGAGAAGUGAUGCUUUAA